AGCGUAACAACCCCUGAGGAACAGUACUAUACCUCUGACAUCUCCCAUUAUCUCCUCAAGGUAGCUGCAGUAAUCCCCCAUGUGCUGUGUCCCCUCUGUAUGCCAGCCACCUGCUCCUUGGUUUGCUACAGUGUGAGCAUGGACAGUAACAGCACCAAAAAGGGCAGCACCUGCAGCAGCUGUGGUCAUGACCUGGACACUGCUCACAGUAUAUUACAGCACUCAGGAAUGAGUGAUCUGUUACAGGAAGACAAUGUUAAAGAGGAUGUCUUCAAUGCCAGUGUUCCUCAGUUAGAGCAAAUGCCACAAGCCAGCAGCAACACACAGCUCCUCCUGAAGAUGUGGCAGGGACAAGAAGGCAUAGACGAAUGUGUCCAGAGGCGUGAGCAAGAAAGACAAGCACUGGAAAAAAAGCAACGAGAAAUGAGAGCCGCCAUACAAAUUUCCUUGAGAACUAAGAAGAUGGAAACAAGCCUUGUGGAUCAAAUUCUGUCAACUAAUCAGCCGAAAAUACGAAGCGAGGAGUAUGAUGGGCUUGACGAUUUGUAUGGAUUGUCAGAAAUGGCCUCAGAGAUUGAAACGGAGAGUAGUGAGAACUUGGAUAUUGAGACUAGCAUGGAAAAUGUGAAAAUAUCCCAGGUAGGAACACAUAUUGGUGAGUCAAGGCUGAAAGGACAGCCAGUGGUUGGCCGUGAGGGACAUCUGGGACCUAACGGUCAGACUCCUCUGAUGUCAACACUCCCACAGACAGGCACAUCUCCACAAUCUGUCAAUGACAGAAGCAGUAGCUCUCAGCUCUCUCAUGUAACCUCUCUUCCUGGCUUCUCUUGCACCCCCUCCAGAUUCUGUCCAGCGGCCCAGGAUACGGGGCCAUCUACUCCCACUGCCACAACCCAUGUUACUUGUAACAUAGAUAAUACUGAUUAUGGUGAUAAUGAUGAUGAUGAAUUUUUCUCCCAAGAAAUACAACAAAGUCUGGUGAUGUUUAGCCCUAGCACCUCAUCUUCCCAUCUCGCCUCAGUUAGACAGACAAAUCCUCAUGCUCCCAGACCAGUGCAUGACACCAACAAAGUCCUCUUCAGAGCAAGAGAAGAUUCAGAUAGCCCUACACCAACCAAGAAAAAGAAGAAUGUGCCUGGAUUUUAAAUGCUUUUUCAUACACCAAGCAAGUGAAUUGAUCCACAAUGAUGAUUAACACUGAAACAUACUUGUUUACAACUGAUAAGCUUUCUUAACCAUUGUACGGUAUGUGCAUUCCAUUGAACAUGUUCUGUGUUGCAGAAGAUAAGGCCAUAAAUCAGUAAUAAACCAGCAACUAUCUCAAACUAUUGUAAGAACUGUGAGAGUUCGAGUUCUAUAUUCAAAUCCUUCCAAAUGUUGGUUUGUCAAAAAGACUUAGGAAUUGAAUUUGAAUCAUAAGUGACCUAAGACAGUGACUUCUUAAAAAACAUCACACAGUCUCAAGUAUAUAUUUAUUUAACCUGUGCCUUGUCACUUAAUGUCUAUAAACAGGAAACAUUUUACUGCUGCUGAAUUGUUUAUAUUUCUUACAUCCUGUAAACCACUUUCAUAAAUACUGCCAGAAUUCAGGAUGGCUCUAUCAUAGUCUUGCUGGACACACAUGGUGUCAGGCCGGUAAGUGAAGGUCUGGAGUCUGCAUAGUAGUCAUGCUGGACACACACAGAUUACAGGCCAGUUAUUGGAGGUCUGGAGUCUCCAUAGUAGUCUUGCUGGACACACACAUAUGGCAGGCAAGUUAGUGGAGGUCUGGAUGUCUCCAUAGUAGUCUUGCUGGACACACACAUAUGGCAGGCAUGUUACUGGAGGUCUGGAGUCUCCAUAGUAGUCUUGCUGGACACACACAUAUGGCAGGCAAGUUAGUGGAGGUCUGGAUGUCUCCAUAGUAGUCUUGCUGGACACACACAUAUGGCAGGCAAGUUACUGGAGGUCUGGAGUCUCCAUAGUAGUCUUGCUGGACACACACAUAUGGCAGGCAAGUUAGUGGAGGUCUGGAUGUCUCCAUAGUAGUCUUGCUGGACACACACAUAUGGCAGGCAAGUUAGUGGAGGUCUGGAUGUCUCCAUAGUAGUCUUGCUGGACACACACAUAUGGCAGGCAAGUUACUGGAGGUCUGGAGUCUCCAUAGUAGUCUUGCUGGACACACACAGAUGACAGGCAAGUUAGUGGAGGUCUGGAUGUCUCCAUAGUAGUCUUGCUGGACACACACAUAUAGCAGGCAAGUUAGUGGAGGUCUGGAUGUCUCCAUAGUAGUCUUGCUGGACACACACAGAUGACAGGCCAGUUAUUGGAGGUCUGGAGUCUCCAUAGUAGUCUUGCUGGACACACACAUAUAGCAGGCAAGUUAGUGGAGGUCUGGAUGUCUCCAUAGUAGUCUUGCUGGACACACACAGAUGACAGGCAAGUUAGUGGAGGUCUGGAUGUCUCCAUAGUAGUCUUGCUGGACACACACAUAUAGCAGGCAAGUUACUGGAGGUCUGGAGUCUCCAUAGUAGUCUUGCUGGACACACACAUAUGGCAGGCAAGUUAGUGGAGGUCUGGAUGUCUCCAUAGUAGUCUUGCUGGACACACAGAUAUGGCAGGCAAGUUACUGGAGGUCUGGAUGUCUCCAUAGUAGUCUUGCUGGACACACACAUAUGGCAGGCAAGUUACUGGAGGUCUGGAGUCUCCAUAGUAGUCUUGCUGGACACACACAUAUAGCAGGCAAGUAAGUGGAGGUCUGGAUGUCUCCAUAGUAGUCUUGCUGGACACACACAUAUGGCAGGCAAGUUACUGGAGGUCUGGAGUCUCCAUAGUAGUCUUGCUGGACACACACAUAUGGCAGGCAAGUUAGUGGAGGUCUGGAUGUCUCCAUAGUAGUCUUGCUGGACACACACAUAUGGCAGGCAAGUUACUGGAGGUCUGGAGUCUCCAUAGUAGUCUUGCUGGACACACACAGAUGACAGGCCAGUUAGUGGAGGUCUGGAGUCUCCAUAGUAGUCUUGCUGGACACACACAUAUGGCAGGCAAGUUAGUGGAGGUCUGGAGUCUCCAUAGUAGUCUUGCUGGACACACACAUAUGGCAGGCAAGUUAGUGGAGGUCUGGAUGUCUCCAUAGUAGUCUUGCUGGACACACACAUAUGGCAGGCAAGUAAGUGGAGGUCUGGAGUCUCCAUAGUAGUCUUGCUGGACACACACAUAUGGCAGGCAAGUUAGUUGAGGUCUGGAUGUCUCCAUAGUAGUCUUGCUGGACACACACAUAUGGCAGGCAAGUUACUGGAGGUCUGGAGUCUCCAUAGUAGUCUUGCUGGACACACACAGAUGACAGGCCAGUUCCUGGAGGUCCGGAGUCUCCAUAGUAGUCUUGCUGGACACACACAGAUGACAGGCAAGUUAGUGGAGGUCUGGAUGUCUCCAUAGUAGUCUUGCUGGACACACACAUAUAGCAGGCAAGUUACUGGAGGUCUGGAGUCUCCAUAGUAGUCUUGCUGGACACACACAUAUAGCAGGCAAGUUAGUGGAGGUAUGGAUGUCUCCAUAGUAGUCUUGCUGGACACACAGAUAUGGCAGGCAAGUUAGUGGAGGUCUGGAUGUCUCCAUAGUAGUCUUGCUGGACACACACAUAUGGCAGGCAAGUUAGUGGAGGUCUGGAUGUCUCCAUAGUAGUCUUGCUGGACACACACAUAUGGCAGGCAAGUUAGUGGACGUCUGGAUGUCUCCAUAGUAGUCUUGCUGGACACACACAUAUGACAGGCAAGUUAGUGGAGGUCUGGAUGUCUCCAUAGUAGUCUUGCUGGACACACACAUAUGGCAGGCAAGUUAGUGGAGGUCUGGAUGUCUCCAUAGUAGUCUUGCUGGACACACAUCGGUGCCAGGCAGGUUAUUGAAAGCCUGGAUGUCUCCAUAGUAGUCUUGCUGGACACACAAAGGAUAAAAAUAAUUCUUACAAAAUGAUUAUUUGUAAAAAUAGACUUUCAAAAAUAUGAUGUUAACAUUUUCUCUGCAAUUCAUGUUACAUGGGUCUUACCUGUCAGCAAAUGAGCAGUUGAAAAUGUACAUGAAAAUGAUAUGAGACAUAUACAAAAACUAUAUUAUUCACUAUUUCAUGUGCUAGUAGAUCUGUUUAUAUUUAAGCAGUUAGGACUUGAGUGUAUUGAGACAGCAAGUGUUUUGACAAUGUGCAUCUGACAGGGGUGCCUGCCAGCUCUCUUACGUCAAAUGGCUGAUAUUCAACUGAAACAGUUGGGUUAUUGUUAGUUGUUAUGUUGAAGAAUAAAAUUUGGGUAUUUCUGAAA